ACGAAAAAUCAAUCGUUGAUGGAAUAUCGGAUGAAAUGGUUUUUAUUUGAAAAAUACGAAGAAAAGAAUUCAAUUUUCUUCAUAAAAUAGUGAAAAAUUAAAAUGUUUAUAAAAUGAUUUACAAAUAACAACAUGCAAGUUAAACAAAUAAAUCAAAAUAAGUUAAAAAAUCAAAAAUUUACCAUGAAAAAAGUUUAAUUACAAAUUUUUGCAACAUCCUACCCAAAGAGUUUCUCGAGUCGAGUCAAGUAGAGUGAAUUGAUUUUUCUACCGUGUCCGUGGUGUUCCAGUGUGUGCAUAUAUUUUCUUUUAUUGUUAACUUACCAACAAAAUGAGUGAAGAAGAAUCCUCCGACCGUAUUUCUUUAGAUCUCUCUAAGAGAUCCUUGAAAAAAGUUCCCAAACAAGAAGAUGCACAAAAUGUUCGAAUACUUAUCCUGGAUGAAAAUGAAUUACAAAAAAUCGAUAAUAUCGAUUCGUAUCUUAAGAUUGAAAGUUUAUCAUUGAGUAAAAAUCAACUCCUACGAAUGUACGGUGUGUGUCGUUUGCAUUGUUUACGUGAAUUGAAUCUAUCCUUCAAUGGAAUUCUAACAAUUGAAGGCUUAAAGGAACUCGUCCAUUUAAGGCAUUUGAAUCUCGAAGGCAAUAAUAUUAAAACGAUUGAACAUUUAAAUACUAACAUAAAAUUAGAAUAUUUAAAUUUAUCGGAGAAUAGUAUCGGAAGCAUUUCAGAUAUAUCGUUUUUAAAAUGUCUGAAAGAAUUAUAUCUCCAUGGAAAUCGUCUCACACAUCUGCGCCAAUGUGAAAAGUAUCUACCUACAUCCAUUGAAGUUCUAUCACUAGCCAAAAACAAUAUAAGUGAUCUAAAUGAGAUCUGUAGCCUUUCGAACUUGUGCAAUCUUCAUAGCAUAACAAUCAAUGAGAAUCCUUGUGUUUCAAUGACUUCUGGCCAGGAUGGUUUCAAUCAUCGACCUUUUGUUCUUAAUUGGUGUAUGAGUGUAAAGGUCAUCGAUGGCUUUAUGGUUGAUCCAAUUGAAAGUCUCAAAGCCGAAUGGCUUUAUAGCCAAGGACGAGGGAGGCAAUUUCGAUUAGGUGAACAAGCAUCACUUGGGAAAUAUUUGAGUACAGUUUGUCCAAUGCUUGGCAAAGCCUUAGAAAGUGAAAACGAAAGGAAACUAAGAUUGAUUCUAAGCAAAGCUCAACAACAUCAAAGACAACUACAAGAAGAGAUUUCUGAGAAUUCAACACAAUCUGGAAAUAAUUCACCAUCCACAGGCAGAAAGAAACCAGCUAGUCGAAUACAAUCACCUAGAUUUUCAAGGCUAACUGGCAGACAGGGGUCACCAGAUUCAAUGGCAAGCAGCUAUCAUGGCAAUACAUCUAAUUCUUCGAUUAUUUCAAAUGAGCAAAUGUCAAAUGCAAGUCAUUUAUUACAAAUGACAACUUCACUCAUUGAAAAUAUAAAAAACGAUUCGAUUAUGACACAAAGUUUUGAUUCAAAUUCAACAAAUUGUAAUUCCAAAGGCAAUACCACAUGUUCAUCACAAGAUUCAACACCUCGCACUAUAACACCGAAUCAAUAUAAUGAUCAACCAACAUCGACACCGCCAAUGGGAGGGCCACUUGCAGCAGCUUCUAAAAUGGUUCCAGUCCCAGAAACCCUAAUGAGUCCAGAUUGUUGUCCUGGAUCUGUAGCUCAUAGGGUAACUGUGUCUGCUAUGAAUAAUCAAGUUCAUAAUUCAAAAGUUAACAAAAACAAAGAAAAUAAAAUGAGUUCACCAAAAAUGCGCAGUCCCCACCUGAAACGUAACGCCGAACGCAGCCCAACACUAAGUCCAAGAAAACUAAAUAACAAUGCAAAUUCAAUGCGUUCAAAUUUGAUCAAUGACAAUCAAAUAAAACAACGUCUAAUGACUAAUUCAGUCCAUGUUACAACACCGGAUGUUGGUUCGACCGGUGCAAGUUCAGAUGAUGAUAGUGAUCAUAUAAAUGUGGAUAAAUUGAAAACUAUACGUAAUAAGGCUGCACAGAGAUGUCAACAGCAAAAGGAAAUUAUUGACAUUUCAAACGUAAAUACCAAUCACGAAACGGAGUCCUCAGCUGUGGUUAUUCAAAAAAUCUGGCGUGGCUAUCGGACACGCAAGAAAACUAAAGAUAUCGCCGAGAAGCUGCUUAAGAAACGAACCCAAGAAUACAUUGAAUUAUUUCAUAGAAAACUAACUAAAGACAUGGAAAUGACCAAAGCUCAACUUGAGAACGAACGCAAAAUCCAGCAGUUACAAAUGCAAGCUAUCAACGCGUUAUGGAAGAAAGUCUCAACUAUGCAAGGUGGAACUGUAAACGUGUCCACAGGGAAUAGUGAAUCGACUGAUGCAGCGACAACAGCAAACAAUCAGGAUGCUAAUCAGCCAAGUAAGACGGUGAGCUUGGAUAAUAGUUCGACGGCUGUUGUAAACGAUUUGGCAAAAACCUGCACCAUGCUUACAACUCAGGUCCAACAACUUCAAGGAUCUAUGCGUGACAUCCUCAACUGCCUGACGGUAUUCUGCAAUUUACCACAAGAAAAUCUCAAACAACUCAUUACCUCCUCUGCCACAAUACCAACGGUCGAUGAUAAAAAAGACUCAGCAGCAACUCAAACCGAAAUCGUUGCCGUUCACACGCCACAGAUAGAAAAUCAAAGCAGUUUCCCCUUCAAAAUUCGACCCUCCACACUGACUCUAGAAACAAAUGAAACGACUACCAAAAUCAUUCUAAAUCAAUCGAUAAGUGAGAACGAUGAAGGUUCACAAUGUGAAAAUUCAACACCAAUGCCGUCUUCAGCUGAGAAAGUCGAUGAGGAAAAAUCUAGUGCAGAAGAUGAGGUUGGCGAUUGAAAAAUAAAAAAUUAAAAACGACUUAGAGAAUAUUGCUGGGAAA